AAGUCUUGUUUUUGGGACGAGCAACGCAGGGUGGCAGCGACGAGUCCCUCUUCUACCGUACACGGCUCAUGUCUUUCUCCGUGACGGGACACUGUCAGACCUGAAGUUAUAGUAGCCUAGGCUACACGGCGGAACCACGGUUGACGAUUUAUGAAAGAGACAUUUUUGGAGGACUAUUCUGAAGGAAGGAACGGCAGUCAUACACCUGUAGUCACAAGUCAGUUGCAUUAACUACCUCACAAAAAAAAUUACAUUUGAAGGAGCAACUUAGAACUAUAGAAACUAUAGAAAUCUCACUUAAUUAAAAUCAAUUAUACCACAUUAUAAGUAGUGAGUCCUCGCAAAUGUUUAGCUGGUGCAUGGUUGGCAGAAGGCCACCAUGUACCAAGUAGUGCCUGGGGGUGCUGGGGGCACCAUUACCGAUGCCACCCCAAUCAAGAAAUCAAUCAGCAAGGACACGCGGCCAGUGGUGGCGGCUGGCGUCCUGGGUGUGAUGCUGGUCAUCGCCGCGGUAACGGCAUGGUGCUAUUACAUCGCCUCGCUGCCCAAGCCUGACCUGCUGAGGACAGAGAUGCUGGAGCUCAACAAGGACGGCUUCAUCAUACGCAACCAAGCAGGAUCCAUGGUCUUCAAGAUGGCCUUCAGGUCAGGUGCAUUGGAUCUGGACUCAUGCUACAAAGAUGGUCAAAUUCUAAAGUGUGUGCGUUCAAAUAAUGGGAGAAUCAACUUUUUCAUCCAGACCGUCUUCGUUAAGACAGUGUCAUGCUACCGACUGAGGUGGGAGGAACUGGAGUCGGACCGUCCAGUGGAGCAUGCCAUGUCUUACAACGGGUCUCAUUGGUACGGCGGAGCUGAGACCGCCAUCCAGCACUGGCCCAUCACCAUCUCAGGCCAGCAAGAGCCCAAGCCUUUCGUGACCGGUGAUGUUUACUCCAACCGUAACGAGUUUGGCAGCAUCCUAGAACGCUACUGGCUCUCGUCCAAUGCAACUGCCAUCAAGAUCAACGACUCAGUGCCCUUUCAUCUUGGCUGGAAUGACACAGAGAAGACCCUUUACUUCCAGGCACGGUACCAGGACAGCCCAUACAGACCUAACCUCGGACAACUGCCCUACGCUGAGCUCAGUUACCGUGUGUGUGUAGGGCUCGACAUUGGCUCCAUCCAUAAGUACAUGGUGCGCCGGUAUUUUAACAAACCCUACAAAGUUCCCUCCAAAGUCGUGUUCCGACAUCCGAUUUGGUCUACGUGGGCCUUACACAAGACAGAAAUCAAUCAGCACAAAUUGCUUGAGUAUGCAGCCAACAUACGAAAGUACGGAUUUAAUUGUAGCCAUUUAGAGCUAGAUGAUCGGUACACUGAACGGUAUGGUAACUUUGAUUUUGACCAGGAAAAGUUCCCAAAUGCCUCUGGCAUGUUUCAGCAGCUUAAGGCUGAUGGCUUCCUUGUGUCUCUUUGGACACAUCCAUUUGUCAACUAUGACUCUGAAAACUUUGGGACAGUAGUGGAGAAGGGCUUGCUAGUUAUGGAGCCCACUGGAAAUCUCCCAGCACUAGUUCGCUGGUGGAACGGAAUCGGGGGGAUCCUAGACUUUACGAACCCUGAAGCACGGAACUGGUACUCCUCACAUCUCCGAAGCCUACGUUCCAAGUAUGGUAUCACGUCCUUUAAACUUGACGCUGGUGAGACCAGCUACUUGCCCUGGCAGUUCCGGACACGUGCCCACCUGCAAGACCCCAGCACCUUCACACGACGCUACACAGAGAUGGCCAUCCCCUACAACGAGCGAGCUGAACUGCGCUCAGGGUACCAGUCACAGAACAUCUCCUGCUUCUUCCGAAUCAUUGACCGAGACUCGGUAUGGGGCUAUGAGCUUGGCCUCAAGUCCCUCAUCCCUUCUGUCCUCACCAUCAGUAUCCUGGGCUACCAAUUCAUCCUGCCAGACAUGAUUGGGGGAAAUGCCUACCCUAACCGCACACUCGGCGGCCUGGCCCUCCCAGACCGUGAGCUGUAUAUCCGUUGGCUGGAGCUCUCGGCCUUCAUGCCUGCCAUGCAGUUCUCAAUCCCACCCUGGGAGUAUGAUGAUGAGGUCGUCCAGAUAGCCCAGCGUUUCACCAAACUCCACGAGACUCUAGUUGCGCCCCGGGUGCUGGAGUUGGCCAGUGAGGUGUUGGCCACAGGUGACCCCAUCAUACGUCCCCUGUGGUGGAUUGCCAGCACGGAUGAGACGGCCUACAAGAUUGACUCGCAGUUCCUCAUCGGAGACGAUCUGAUGGUGGCCCCAGUGCUGGAGCCAGGAAAGCAGGAGAGGGAUAUCUAUCUGCCUGCGGGUCACUGGAUUAGCUACAAAGGAGAACGCUAUGACCUCAAGGAGGCCCUGCAUCUCACUGACUAUCCAGUGGACCUAGAUGAGCUUGCCUAUUUUGAAUGGAUCGCAAAAGCUUAGGCAAUUACAAUUCAGCAUGUUUUUGGUCCAUUUCAUUCUGUGUGAUGUGUGAUUUAAGUGUUUAGUUUCAAGGCAAAAAACGGGAAUGUUUGUAGUGACAAGCAUUUACACUAGUACAAACUGUUUAUACAGAAUAACAAACCCUUAAAAUGUGAUAUUUUGUAUGAAAUCAGGUAGUUAAAUAAUUAUUUAAUUAUGCAAUUGAAAAAGGUUACAACCCAUUUAAAGCUUUACCGUUCUUUCAAAAAUAAGCUCAUCCUCUCAGUAGUGUAAAUGCUUGUUAAAUUGAGGCCUACAGUUUUCUGCCAUAUUGUGUGUUCAUUCUUUAGCCAUGUCAUGAUGUAGUUGUUGACUUUACUCAGGCUCGUCAAGCAACGAAAGGAUCAAAUCCUCAAGAAGAAAUGAGAGCACAGCGCACCAAGGCACCAGAAUGACUCAGUUGUCCCAGCGGUGCUGUGGCUAACUACUGCAUGAACAGUAAGCUUUUUAUCAGCGACUCUCACAAGUCCCUGGUUUGUUCUCUGGCCAUGGGACACGACCAGUCUGACGAAACACAGGGCAAAAGUCCACUCACGCUUCUUCAUGUGCCUUGCCUUUCACCAUUGAAUGUACCUUAUAAUGCAAUAACGUAGUUAUUACCACAAAUUUGAAUAAUCGUGAUGUGUUUAACGACAGACAACAAAGCUUUCUCAUAAGUAGUCUUACAUUCAAAGCAGCCUCAGUGAGUCAUGUAAGGUUAUUGUUAUGAUGUUUCAGGUUUGUAUAUGCAGGGCAGUGAUAAUGAUAAAAUAAUAUUGUUAAAAAGGGAUGUUUUGUGAAUCAAAAUCUAGGUCACAAUUAUAUGACAAUUGUAUCUGUCUAUUGCUUCUAAGGAUGUGGUGUUUGCUACUACAUGUUAUAUUUAUAUUCACCACUUUGACCUCACAGUAUAUUUGGUUUGAAAUAUGUUUGCUGCAGCUCUCUGACCUGACGCCUAAAACCUGACCGCUUUUGUUUUAAGCUGCUAUUGUACCUCUAUACAUGCAAUAGCCUUCAGUAUGUCCUACUUUGAUUCCACUGUAUGCUAUGUGGCUCUAAGCUGUAGAACAAAAAAAUACUGACAAAGAUGUUAGGGAUUAGGCCAUUUUAUCUACUUUGGGAAUGUAUUUACCUGUUUUUGCCUUAGAGUAGUAGCCUCUUGCUCUGACGGCUCAGUUCAUCAUAUUUAUGUAUCGUUUAGCUGAUUUUAUGAAAUGCCAAACAUUUAGGUGAAGACCUACAAGUUGUGAGUGGAGUUGCAAAGUAAUUUUCAAGGUUAAAUUCAGCACUUUUGAUGAUUGAAAGUAGGCAUUUACCGUCUGCACACCAUGUCUUACUGUACUCCUCUCACUUUGCCAAUUUAACCAACACUGCCAAAUUAAUAUCACUAUUUUCUAAGCAUUUUUGCUUCAACCGCCUCCAAAAACCCUUUCACAUUAGAUUGGCUGUGCUUUAGCCAUUGCUAUUGUGUUCUUAGCUUUUAGGAGUCCUUAAUACUGGCCUCAGUACAACUUUGUGUGGUCAUAUUUUCUGCCACUGAGCUGGCAUCAACCACUCAUCUAAAAUAAUAAGGGUUUGUUUUAGCUCCAUUCUGUCCAUGGCCUGUGUGCUGUGUUGCAUGUUGUAAUGGAGUAUUUUGGCAGAAGAUAGAGGGCUCUAGCAUGGGUUAGCAUCCUGCGUUUCUGUAGAUGAACAGUAUGAGGCAAACAUUGUUCAAGAUGGCUGUGCCGUGCUCUAUAGGGGCUGGAAAAUACCCCUGGUGUUUUGCUAAUAUCACAUAGUUAAUAUGUUAAGAGUGAAACUUGUCCCAGAUUGAUCAGUUGUAUUUGUAUGUUGAAACAGAGCACAUUCACUGAUUUGUACUCUAAACUUUGGGGAAAUGUAAAAAAUGUUUUAUGUGUGAAUCUGGAAACACCAGCAUAUAGCUUCCAGGCUGAACUUUACUUUCCUCUUUUGAACAACACUUUCACCCUUAUUUAUUUGGUGGAUCCUUAUCAAGAAAUCACUGCUUACACAUAGGAAAGUGACCUGCAUACUGCCAUCAGCAAAUUCCUGAGCAAUGUUUCUUCCCCUUACAAUGGGUCUAGAAGAUCAUAAACAGGAUUCUGUCCACAGACAAAUCACAGGUUAGAUAUUUUUAAUCAUUCACAAAGUGUAAGCUUACCUAUCUCACCGAUAUUGUGCGCACACCCAUAGUAUAAGCUGAUUGUGUCCUAGAUAGAAAUUUGACUGCUGUUUGUGCUACAGUGUUUUUGCAGCAGGAAUGUCCUAUAAAAUAUGCAGAAAAGGUUUGAAGAAUUUAAAAUGUAUUAUUCAUAUGCACACAGUGGACGUUUUUUUGUGUGGGCUUCUCUUUCAGCAGGGCAAUAAGAUUAAUGUGCAUGUUUGCUGGACUAUGCUUUGUGAUAUUUCUGAAGAAUGAGCACAGUUUUUGUAGGCUGUACAAGUAUGCAAACCUGUUGUAGCUUCCCUACUCCACAUGAGGGCAGGGCUCACCUUGCUAUAGAAACAGGAGAGUGGUAUUAAUGUUUAAACCUGCCCUAUUGGUGUGACUGUACACGGCACAAUGUCUAACUCCGUCCAGUAGUGUGGGUUUGGAACCCCCACCCCCUUUUUUUUUUUUUUUUUUUUUUAAACGAAGCCAUUUGUUUGACCUAGGUUACCCAAUCUCUCAUGUAAGUGCUAUUGUCAUGGAAUUGUUUGUUUUUUUCAUUCAGUAUUGAAUGUAUGAAUGAUUAAAGAGGAAUAAACUCUUGUAAUAGUG